UGCAAGUGUUCUUUAGGCGUUGCGUGACAUCUCGAAGAACAGCAGUGAAAAGAAUUACCAUUUCGAUCGAGGACUGCGAAGUUUCAAGGUUUUAUUCGAGCCUCUUAAACGGUUCUUACAACAGCAAGAAUGGAGAAACGAAACGAGUUAAGCGAUGGCUAAAUGAUAUUAAAUAGUAGUGUUAAUCCCGGCUUUGAACGAAUGCGCGCGCAUCACUUUCGUUAGAAUCACUUCUUGUGCCACCCUGAGCCGACACCCUGCUGCUUGUUUUGUUUUUGCACUAAGGACCCGAGUUGGUUAUAGAGAAAUCGAGCAACCGAAGAUGACCUUCUUGAUUCCAUUUGCAGCAACGUUUGGCCUGGUAUUUGUUGUGGGAAAUCAGGCAGCGCUUCCGGACGUCGGAAAAUGCACAUUUAUGGAAUACUAUUGUAAAGCACGUGACUGUGAGACAGAAUUCUUUAUAGAGCGGCGAAAGGAUCCUAAAGGAAACUGUAGUGCUCAUCACGAUGAAAUGCUCAAUUGUGCCACAAACACUUUGAAUUCUUGCUCUGAUGCCAACUCGCCAUCAAGUCUCCUGAAAGCACAAAUUGAACAAAAUUUCGGAGUAGAUCUCUUGUGCACUAAAGGCGCUGUAGAUACCCCAGCCAACAUCUUUGGUAAAUUGCUUCCGACUUUGCCAUGCUCCGGAUCUUUCAACAACGAAUCAAGCGCCUGUGUGAAAAACUACCAUGAAAAAUUUAUUGCAAAUGCAUCGGAUCCUGCUCUUUGCAAGGGACAAGCUGAUGCAAAGAAAUGUCUGAAGAAUCUGAUGAAGUCUGUCUGUAGCUUUCCCUCUCAGAUCCAGGAAAUCUUUGAUCUGAGUCUUAGUGACCACAAUCCUUUCUGCACCAACAAGCGGGAUCCUGGGGCGACUGGCAAUGAAAUAUGUGAUGACGUGGUAGUAAAUACUAGAGAUUCAUCCGCUGGUCGCAUAAGUUGCGCAUUGAAGGCACUUGUGCUUUCUUUCUUGUUGGCGUUAUUCUUGGCGAACAUGUAAAACUGGGAGGCCAGUUCCGAGAUUACUUAAUUGCGUUAGCUACAAAGAUACUUUUCCAGAUAAUUUUCCUUACGAAAUUCUAUCAAUUUCUUUGCCGAGCUCAAAACUGACCAUCUUUCUUAUUUCUAUCUACAAACAUUACGCCAUCGACAUUGCUGAUCCUAGCAGUAGGCAGGACGCGUUUCAUAUGAACUUCGUAAAAGACCUCGCUCACCGUGGAGUCUCAGUGGCUCAGUGGUGGAGCAUCAAAGCGCGGAAUCCGAAGGUCUGAGGUUUGAUUCCUCAUGGGGACUCAGAAUUUUUUCUUUGUCCCACGCUCGUGACAAAACGAAAACAUCUUUCUGUAGUGAAUUUUUAUGUUUGGAGCUUAUCGUAUUGGGUUGCAAUUACAACAUUUAGAUAGCA